ACCAUAAAAGCCGAGGUGAUCAAAUUCACUUGUACAACAAUACUCUUAACUAUGUAUGGAUUUUUGGCUAUUCUAGUUUAAAAACUAGGUUAAAGUGAAAAAUAAAACUGUUUUAACACGUCUAAUUGAAGUGAAUUACAAUUUUAAAUGGACGUCGCUGGUAGGAAGCUGAGAACAGAAGAAGGAACUUUAAGCGAUGUAUUUUGUGAACCAUGUCUUGUAGAAUACAAGAAAACUGAAGCUAAUGGAGCAUGCCGAGAAUGUAAAGAGUACAUGUGUAGCACGUGUUACCGGCAUCACCUUAAAGCUAAACAUUGUAGAAAUCAUGUGUUACUUCCUACAAGAGAGUUUUCUUCAAUGUCACUGGAUAGCAGAACGGAAGACGCGGAAAAAUGCGAGAAGCACGAUAAUGAACCCAUAAAAUUCUACUGUCGUACACAUGAAAUCGUGGGCUGUGGUGACUGUAUAGUUCUAGGACAUGCAACUUGUAAGCCAGAAUAUAUCAAAGACUUAGCAAAAACAUUCAAAAAUGGAGAUAAAUUCAAAAACUUAAUGGAGAAACUGAAAAUGUUUGAAUCGUAUAAGAAGAAAAAUGGGGAGACAAUUAAAAAAAGUAAGGACGAAGCUAAAUCAAUGUAUGACAGAGCUUUGAAGGAAAUUCGACAGUUCAGAUCAGAUAUAAAUUUCUAUCUGGACAAGGCAGAAGCAAAUAUCUUAUCUCAGGUAGAACAAAUAGCAGCGGAAAACACAGAAAUGCAGAGAAAGCUCGAGCAAUACGUAAGGGCGUUGUUAUCAGAAAUCGAGGAAGUAAAACAAAAGCUUAAUAUUAACACGCAGCUGCAUCAUGGAAAUGUAUUGUUUAUCAACACAAUUAGGUGCAAGUCUAAACUCGGUGACAUCGAAAAGAUGAAUGCAAAAAUAAAGCAAGAACAUAGCGUGAAAAGGUUUGAGUUUAUUCGUGACGAGAAUAUCUCUGGAAUAUUACAAGCUGCACAACAACUAGGUAAACUGAGAAUUGGUUCCGGCCGCGAUGGAAUUAAGCAUGGAAAUACGAAUUCUGCAAAACAAUAUUCUGCAGAUACCUUUGCAAGUCUAGGAAGUAGAAAACCGAAAUCAACGGACUUUGUUGUAGGUGCACGUGUACGUCGAGGUCCUGAUUGGAGACAUGGAAAUCAGGAUGGUGGGGGACCAGGUACUGUGAUAUGUGUUUUUUCAGACUGGGCUGUGGUACGGUGGGAUAAGGGAAGUUCAGGAUCUUAUAGGAUAGGACAGGACAAUGUCUUUGAUCUAGAGAUCAUACAAUUCUGACUUGUGAUGAUGGCUUUCCAGCUUCAUUGGUUUGAUAACAACCUUAUAACUAUCAUUACAUAUUGAAGUUACGGGAAAUAUCUAGUUCACUUACAUUGAUAUGACAGUUUCUUAGGCAAUUGUAGUAAAAUGUAUUCUUCUUUUAUUAUUUUCAAGUUACUGGCUAGUUUCAGUAUUUUCCAGAGGAAUUAGAGGAAAAUAUAUGCAAGUGUAUUUGACGUAAUUUCAGUAACAGACUCAUUUAAAGCGAGUCUGAUAUUAGUUUGUUUGGUUGCAAAGCAACUUCCAGUAGAUUCCAUUAUGAUCAUUGGAAGUUGAGAUUUGGUUAUCUAUUAAAACAAUUUUAUACUUGUCAUUAGAUAGCUACUAAAAAUUAAUUUUAAUCAUUCAAUACUUUGUAUAAACGAUAAAAUAAUCACAUUUGGUAUUAAGCAAGUACUGGAUCCUGUCAUUCAUUAACAAAAACUAAUUAUUCCAGUCAGAAAAUUAUCACCCAACAUAUACACUUCACUUCCAGCAAUCCCUGCUAGCUUUACAAGGUAAGGCGUUUAAGACAAUGUCAUUUGAUGAAAUGAAAUGGUCAACCUUGCGUCAAGUAAUAAUAACACAGUUUAUCUAUUCAAAAGUCAUCUAGGCUAGUAUAGCCAGUCAGCAUAAUCGUAGUUAAUUUUUGAGACAGAAAACCCACACAAGAAAAUAUUUGUUCACUUUUUUACAUAAAUAAGCUCCGUAUAUGUGAAAGAUGAAAGUAAUUAUUUCAUUAAAUGAUCAUGGAUGGGGAUUGUUUCAAAAUUUAAACAGCCAUUGACAUUUUCAGAUGUUGUAGACUCUGACUUAGGAAUUUUAAAACAUCAUGUAUGUUAAAAAAUGGUACAUUUCUUCUUCUCACUGUCUACAUGCUUAUCUUUAUGUAUUGUUGUGUAUAUGCUUAUCAUUCAUACAUACAUUGCUGUGGCAUUACAUUGUCUAUGAACGUGUUUUUUCCUGUUUUAGAUUGAUACUUGUUUCCCAGGAUGAAUGGGUUUAGCUGAAAAUUAUUAUAUGCUUAAUAUCUAUGAUAUAAUAAAACUGUUAAAUAUA